ACUGUGGGAGGAAACACGGAAGAAACCGAGGGACGCGUCCGGGAGCGCUGUGCGAGUACAUCAUCUUGUAUUCAAUACCGUGGUAAAAAGAUGGAGGUUGUUUUAUCCAGUACAGCAAGCAGUGUUACAGAUACUGAGGAGGAAGGAAAUGAGGAGCAGCACAGAGCGUUUCUGUGGUCAAUUCAAGAAGCUGCAGUGAAGCAUACAGUUCAGAUUGGUGUUUCAGCUUGUGGUGCUACAGCAGUGGUGGAUGUGCUCCAGGCUCUGGGGAUAAUGGUAGCAGCAGAAACAGCUGACCACAGUGUACAGACUAAGUUGAGGAGGAAUAAUUCCCUGUUGCCUGAUUACCUUCACUCACGCAGUGAAGCUGGAGCCACACACAAUCAGCUGAUAGAUGGAGCAAAGGAAGCUAGUGGUGGACGAGUGCUUGGCAGAUUCUUUGGUUUCCACCCCCCGAGGCUGGUCAAUUUGGUGUCUUGGUUGGCACACUGGAUUCGGCAUAGAGCUGUACCUGUAGCCACCAUGAACAUGCAGCGAGGAGUGGCAGAAGGUGAAGAAAUCCCUGACGCCUGGCAUCACCAACUGAUAUUCGGAGUGGCCCCCAAAGCUGUUUUCAUGACCAAUCCCUUGGAUGUGGUCACCGAAGAGGAGUUACAUGUGCGUCUGUGCAGUGAUUCUUUGCUGCUGAUACGUCGUGAAGAUGUCUUGAAGAGGUUCACAACAGACACUCCUCUUUCACUGAUCUCAGACCAUCAGAAUGAUCCCAGAUGGAAAACUCUUAAUGUGGAAGGUCAAGUUAGAAAGAUGAUUGAUGAAGAAAACUGUGAGGAAAACCAUUUAAAAAUGACACACAUAACAAUCCCAGCAGCAUACAGCUCAGGAAUUACGCUUUUUGCUCUCAAGGAUUCAUCUGUUGGGCAGGAGCUCCUCAGUGCCCCUGAACUGCCUUUACUGUGAUCUCUGGAUAUCUUCUGUUUUGUUUGGACUAAUUGUUUUAGUACUGUGAUUGUUUCAUGCAUCAGGAAAGACUGUAAAUAGUUCUUUGUAUUUCACUUUUAACAGUAAUGACAAUAUAUUUUACACUUUUUAAUGAUGAGCAGAGAUAAAAGUUUACAAAUGUAUUCAUGAUUCUGUGUCUGAAUGAAGGGCCACAAGGACAGGCUUUAAACAGGAAUAAAAAAAUAAAACUUCUUAUUUUCUGGAACAGGGACAACAAAAACUCCUGCAACUAACAGAAAUGUGCAAGCUGUGUUGAGCUUCACAUGGGCUUCUCCUUUAAUAUUAAAGUAAUAUAUCAUGUCUGUCAAAUCUAUAUAUUUAUGACAUUAUGUGGUUUGAAAUUGAUUGAUUUUCAGUUGUUUACGCUGUGACCAGUUGAAUAAGUCUAAAAUAAUGUCCAACUAAAUAACUAAAAUAAUAAUCGCCAUUUCCCGUCCAUUAGCUUUUCUUUGGCCAAUUGUGAACUACACAAAGAAGGAUGAGGGCCACACAUGCUCCAUUUGAGAUAUGUAAAUCUUGACACUGCAUUUCAGAAGUAUUUUUACAUUGUUACAAAUAAAAUAUUGUAUUAUUGUAUUCAUUUUAAGAAACUUUUACUUCAUUACAUUUAAAUGCAUAAUAUAUUACUUUUUACUCUACUAAAUAAAAAACAUGCUGUUCUUCAAUACUUAAAGUAAAUACAUGAAUUGCAUUAAAUGAUGAGCUGUAACAAGGCCAUCAUUUGUAGUACAUGUAAGUGUACUCAUUGUGAGUCUGUAACUGUAGAAAACUGUCCUUAAAAAAACUUAUGAUACACAGGACAAUGGAACAUUUAAUUGUGUAAACAAUUAAAAUAUAAUUGUACUUUUCAUUAUACGCAUUUAAAUGUAGUGAAGUAAUAGUUCCAGAUGCAAUGCAAUGCCUCUAUCAGGGCUGGAAAGGCCACUAUGUAAUUCACUGACUUACAUUUUAAUAUUUUUUUUUUUUAUGAAUAUGUAUUAAAUUAUUCCAAUAAUAAAUUCUCUUCCUUUCGUAGA